CGUCACCGCGUGUUCCACGGCCGUGUCGCCGUCGUCCGCGUUACCUACGGCCGCGGAGGGGAGCGUGGCGAUUCGCGUUCCGGUGCGUGCGUGCGCGCGAGCGCGCGCGUCCGUGAAGAAUGAACCCCCGUCGCCUUGGGCCGGUCCUCCCGACCAUUCAACAGGUCGCCAUUGGUCAACCGGUGACCGGGUGGAAAACCCACGGCCGCGCGGGUGGGGGGCCCGGCGGGCCGCCCUUACGACCGCCACCGUUAACGUCGCCGCCGCCACUCGGUCCAUCGUCCAGACUUAAAUGUCCACCGGAGUCAGGUGGCAUCUCAGUUGAUCGUUUUCGGUCGACGAUGGUAUCCCGGUGGUCAUUCUCGUAUAUAAUAUAACAACAACAAUAAUAAUAACAACAACAACACGACGACGACGACGACCACGAUCACAACGCCGACGCCGGCGACGACGACGACGACGACGACGACGAUAUAUCCCCGCGUUUGCGCUACGUAUUGCUACAGUCCGUCCGCGCUCGCCACUCGACGUACGUACAUGGUAAACGCGACCGAACGUUUCCAAUAAAAUAUUAAUAUUAAUUCGUCGAUAAGUUUUUAUUAAUUUUAUUUUUUACAUUUUCAUUGUUUACUCCGUAUCGCGCGUAUGUUAAAUCGAAAAAAAAUUUGUUCGUCCGUGUUUUAGUAUACUAUUAUUAUUAUUAUUAAUAUUACUGUUGUUUUUAUCUCUUUAUAAUUGCUUGCGGGUUUUUUUUUGUUUGUUUUUUUUUUUACUUUCUGUUUAAAUCGAUAUAUAUCGAUACCGCACCGCGAACACUCGCCGGUAUAACGUCUCUCUUGGUGCGCGUGUGAUUAUAAUAUUAUAAAAUAAUCGUCGGUGCACGUACGCUUAAAACGCAAACAAAUACACUACGGAGACGUCAAAGGUUUCUAGCCCGAGUGCGUGUACUUUAUUUAUUUUUCUCUCGCGACGCGAUUUCGGAUGGUUGUUUUUCGCUGUGAUCCAUUUCACGCCGUUCCGUACCCAAUGGAGUCGUAUAGAGGAGCAGGAUGCGUUGACUGUUAUCGGGAACACUGCAGGCAACAAAUGCCCUCGAUUCGGGUCCCGUCGUUCACCACGACGCCCGCGGACAGGCGACGGUAUUCGUCGCAGCAUCAACAUCAUCAUCGCCGCGGUAAUCCAACCGCCUCGCGAAGACUAGAUUUCGCCCGCCAUUCGUGUCGACUUUUCAUCGCCGGUUCGUUCGUCAUCGGACUGAUAUUGGUACCGUGCGCCAUGUCCUCUCCCAUCAAAUCGCAGUACUCGCAGCACCAACAAGACCAUGGCGAUGAUGAUGGCGAACAGCAGCAGCAGGAGAUGUUGAUGUUGACCGAUCCGCCGUUCUGGCACAACCCGUGCGGCAUGCAGAUCACGUACGAGGGUAGCGGCAGCGGUACCAUCGCCGGCAGCGGUGUCGGCCACGAUAUGAUGAUGAUGGAAUCCGACUCGGCAAUGAGGCGCGAAGAGGACAUCAUCGACGGCAUCGUGUUGUCCGCCAAACAAGCCCUAUCGCAGGCCGAACAGUUUGCCGGAUCGUUCGUGGUCGGAACGUUUCACGUAGACGUCAAAAAAUUUCACGACGUGUGGAAAGACACUACGCUCGAGUGGCUGCAGCAAGCCGAGUACAUGCCCAAAAAAUUGAACGUGCCAUUGACAAAAUCCUAUCUGGAUAAGCUGACGUUCAAAGACGUUCUGCCCGCCGUUUACGUGGGCAUGCAAAACCUGGCAGUGGGCUUGGAACAAGUGGCUUGGGACCAGGAUCGGGAAAGGCUGUCGUUCGCAAAAGACUUCAAAAACAUCACGUUUCAACUAAGAGCCAUUUUGUGCGAAAUGUCGAUGGCCAUUUCCGAGAUGAAUGAGACCGAACCACGCGUGUCCAGAAAUAUUAUGCCGAUGAGGUUGAGGGUCUCACGGGACAACAGGUCGUUGAGAGAUUGGCUGAUCUUGCGCGAGUACAUCACCAGUCUACAAUAUGUGAUCGAAGUAUUCGUACAUCUCAAGUCGAGGAGAUAAUAGACGCGCACGUCUAUCUCGCCACCGCUGUGUCGGACAUCAUCACCGUACUCUAUACUUACGUAUACGUAUUUUCUACAUAUUGCGUGUAUCAACUUAUCCGUUGCUUUUUUCGCACGUCAUUGUGUUCUAUACAUAAUAUUAUCAUAAUAUCGUAGACGAUGACAUAGACGCCACUGCGCACGUAUACAUAGAUUUAAGCAUUUACAAUUACGUUAUUAUCGUUAUCAUCAUUAUUAUCGUUGAUGUUAUUAUUAACAUAAUAUUGCAUUUAAAAUCGAUUAUUAUCAUGAUUUUCGUCGGAUAUCUACCAUCACGACUCUGUAUCCUACUUAUCGUCCGCAAACGUAUUUUUCCACUGAGUGGUGCCAUCCGCAAUGUUUUAUUAUUAUACCCACAAGUCAUUUCUCGUUCGUUUAUAUCUCACGUUUAUAGUUAUAAGACAUUAUUGAAUUAUAUAUUUCCCUGAAUUGGAUGUGACUCGCGUCGUACGUGUACGUAUGGUAUGUAUUUGUUUUUUUCUACGCAUCGCGCGCGUAUAAACUAUUAUAAUAUUAUCAACUAUUUCUUUUGGUAGACUAAUUAUUUUUUAGUGUUAACGGUUUUUAUUUAUUUAUUUAUUUAUUUGGUACCUCUGCGUACUCGGACUGUUAUUUACACGUUGUAUAAAUGUUUAUCGAAUUGUUUUCCUGGCAAUCUAUCGUACAGUAACGACACGUGUCUAGUUUGUUAAAGUCAUUGUAGUUAUUAUUACAUUAUGAUUAUUAUAAUUUAUAUUAUUAUCAUAUAAUAUCUAAUCGUUACGAUAUUUGACCUCUUACCUCUUAUCUUCUUCCUCACUUAUAUUUAUUUAUAUAUUAAGAUUAUACUGCUGUAAACAGUAUUAAUCAUACUGCAUGUUUGU